AUGUACUGCUCCAGGGAGCUGUCGGGCUGCAGUUUGCAGCAGGGAGCCGGUGCUAAGGGCAUGCAGGAGCGGAGCGAGUACCCACAGGGGCCCCAGGAGCCCGCGGACCACAAGCCCCCUUACUCGUACGUGGCCCUGAUUGCUAUGGUCCUGGAGGAGAGCCCAGGGAGGCGGCUGACCCUGAGGGACAUCUACCGGGCCAUUGAGCAGCGAUUUCCGUACUACAGGCGGGCCGAGUCCAAGGGAUGGCAGAACAGCAUCCGUCACAACCUCAGCCUCAACGAGUGUUUCAUCAAACUGCCCCGAGACCACGCCCCCGCGGGGAACAGGAAGGGUAGCCUGUGGGCACUGGACCCCACCUUUCGUGAUAUGUUUGAGAAAGGCAACUACCGGAGGCGGCGGAGGGCUCGAGGGACCAGUCAACCCCCCAUCAGCGAGCCCUACCCAUCUUACCCCGGCCCCCCUACCUUCCGCUACCAAGAGCCGGCUGGUUACUACCUACAGCAGGGAUCCUUCCAUCUGCUGAGUGGCCCCUGGGGCCCGCAUCCUGGAAGCAGCCCACCUCACAUGCUGCUCUCCGCGAGGUCCCCUCUAUACCCGGGGCUGCCACCGCAUUUCUACCCACCAGGCUGUUACCCCACGGAGGGCCCAAUGCUGCACUACUGGGAAGAGGAGCGGCAGUACGAUCCCUUCAUACCAGCUCGGAUGGAUGCCUGAUCUUCGCACUCACUACUCUUUGGAGUGCUCCACACUA